AUGUGCCCAGAAGCCCUUCUCCCGCCCGUGUCUCGCCUUCAAGAAACAUUUCGACUUUCCAUCAACUUGAACCAGACAAUCUUCUUGCACAUUGAGUACAUCGAGUUGAACGGAUCUCUACAUGUCCCCCGCGCUGCCUUCGAUGCAGCAGUCACCCACGAGCUCAUGGGGCGAUCAAAACCGCACAGCUCGGGCCCAAAACUGAUCAAGGAUUGUCCGCCGCUGGAGCUGACAGUAGGCUCAGUGGGUAUACUGGACUCCCUUGAAUUCACAGAUGACGCAGCUGCCCGCGCGCCUCUGGCACCAGACGAGGUUGAGAUCCAGACACAUGCCAUUGGGAUCAACUUCCAAGACGCCCUGAUUGCGCUAGGCCAGAUCUCCGACGGCCCCAUGGGCCAGGAGUGCGCAGGUGUCGUUACGCGUGCGGGUCCCGAUACGCUGUUCCAGCCAGGGGACCGGGUCGUUCUCGCCGCCGGCUCGACAUUCAGAACGUUUGCCCGCGGCAAGGUUGCGCUGGGUAUACCAGAUGACAUGCCCUUUACCACUGGAGCCGCCAUACCCGUUCAGUUUGCCACGGCCUGGGAGGCCGUCCACCACCUGGCGCGCACCCAGAAGGACGAAACCAUCUUGGUACACGCUGCUGCUGGCGGCACGGGGCAGGCAGCCAUUCAGAUUGCGCAACUGCACGGCGCGACUGUAUUCGCUACGGUGGGGUCGGUGGCAAAGAGAGAGUUCCUCACUAAACAGUACGGGAUUCCUGACGAGCGGAUCUUCUACAGCCGGGACGCCAGUUUCGUCCACGGUAUUAAGCGCGCAACACGGGGCCGCGGCGUCGAUGUGGUUUUGAACUCGCUGACUGGGGACGGUCUGCUAGCUUCCAUGGAGUGUCUUGCACCCAAUGGUCGAUUUAUCGAGAUUGGGAGAAAGGACAUCGAGUACAAUUCAAAGCUACCGAUGUACGCGUUGGGGAGAAAUAUGUCGUUUAUUGUCUUUGACGGGUCGCUGUUGCUGUCCGAGCACCCUUCCCGGAGCUCUAGCAAUCUCCGAAAGCUGGUAGAGAUGUUUUCCCGAGGUGAACUUCGUCCAGUCGAGUCAUUGCACGUCUAUGACGCCGGCGAAGUUGAAAAGGUUCUUCGCAUGGUGCAGAUGGGCACCAGCAUGGGCAAGUUUGUGCUCCAAGUGACACCCGAGUCGCAGGCGACCCUCAAAAUACGGCCGAGCUUUUAUAUGGACGCUCAUGCGACAUUUGUCCUGGCCGGCGGGCUCGGAGGUACUGGUCGUGCCACGGCUCGAUGGAUGGUUGAGCGCGGUGCGAUAAAUCUUAUCUUGCUUUCGCGACGUGGCCCUCGAACAGGCGCUGCCCUGGAGUUGGUCACCGAUCUGAGAGCACGGGGAGUUUGA